ACGUCACCGGAGAGGCGGGAGGAUGGGGUUGAUUCGCCAUGGCCUCCGCAGCGACCAGAAAGAGUCUGCUGAGGGCGAGGAUCAUGGACUUCAUCACCUCCACGGCCACCGUGCCCCUGCUGUUGGGCUGCGUGGGCGUCUUCAGCCUCUGCAAGCUGCUGCAGUGGCUGCGCACGAGAGCCGACGUCCGGAACGCCGUGGUGGUCAUUACCGGCGCCACGUCGGGCCUGGGCCGAGAAUGUGCCAGAGUUUUCCACGCUGCCGGUGCCAAGCUGGUGCUCUGCGGCCGGAACGCUGAGGCCCUGGAGGAGCUCACGCGAGAACUUGCUGCUUCCCGGGCUACCGAGGUGCAGACUCACAAGCCUUCCAUGGUGACCUUUGACCUCACGGACCCUGGGGCCAUAGUGGGGGCCGCUGCAGAGAUCCUGCAGUGCUUUGGCUAUGUGGAUGUGCUCAUCAACAACGCCGGGAUCAGCUACCGCGGCACCAUUGUGGACACCAGCCUGGACGUGGACAAGAGAGUCAUGGAGACAAACUACUUUGGUCCGGUUGCUCUGACGAAAGCGCUCCUGCCCUCUAUGAUCAGAAGGCGCCAGGGCCACGUUGUCGCCAUCAGCAGUAUCCAGGGCAAAAUCAGCGUUCCCUUCCGAUCUGCGUACGCGGCCUCCAAACACGCGACCCAGGCCUUCUUCGACUGUCUGCGGGCCGAGGUGGAGCAGCAUGACAUCGAGGUGACCGUCGUCAGCCCCGGAUACAUCCACACCAACCUCUCCCUCAACGCCGUCACGGCCGACGGGUCCAAUGAUGGACAAGACCACGGCCCAGGGCCGAAGCCCCUCGCAGGUGGCCCGAGACGUGCUGGCUGCCGUGGGGAAGAAAAAGAAGGAUGUGGUCCUGGCCGAUGUGGCGCCUUCCCUGGCUGUUUACCUGCGCACUCUGGCUCCCAGGCUCUUCUUCAGCCUCAUGGCCUCCCGGGCCAGGAAGGAGCAGAAACCCAAGCAUUGCUAGUGCCUGUCCGGGCAGGUGGCGCGGCAGCACCGCUGCUCCACAGGGACAGGUGUGAAGUGACCAGCAAGAGAGCAUAGUAAAAAGGGUUCACGUUGAAAAAACAGAGCGCAUCGAUAAUGGAAAGAGGUCUUUAAAGUGAAAAAGUCAAGUACAGACCAGUGUUUGUCGCCUGUGAUCUUCAGCGCCUUUCUGAGAAAGUGUACGUUUGCUUUUAGAUGCACAGAUGUCUCUGGGCUGAUAUACAAAGACCCAAGAGUUACGACUGUCUCUGAGGAGGGGAAUGGAGGGGCUCCAGAAAGAAAAGGGGCCCCUUCUUACCAAAUGACUUUAGAACUCUUCGAAUUUGGCAGGUUCCAUGGAGCUUACAGUACGGAACUGGCCUGCACAGAAGAGCACAGCCUGCCGGGCCACAGGGGCUGCUGCAGGCGCUGCUGCGGGUCAGCGUCACGGGCUCCCCCUGGGGGCUUGUGAACCUGCCUCCAGCUGGGGUCAGUCUCCUCCUCUCCUCGUCAGAAUCGGUUCCAGCAGCACCCAGGAGACAGUCCUCAAAGGAAUCCUGGGGAACGUGGCAGCCACCACGAAGAGCCCACAGAACAAACCUCAUUUUGCCAGCACAGAAUCCGGCCCAGGGGAUCCCACGCCAUCUCGAAGCCAGUCUUGAAGGAACCUGGGAUUACAGGAGCCUCAGACAUGGGACCCACAAAGUCGGGAGACAGCUCCAAAAGUCAGGGGUGCACAAGAAUGUUCAAAGCAGCACUCCUGGUGAGAGCAGAAGACUCGAGAGCAGAGAGAAAGAGAGCGUGACUCAGCCAAGGGAGGGAAAGCCGUGGAGGCACAGCCGCCCAGUCCCUCCCGACCCUGAGGGGGAAGUGGGUGCACCACACCCGUGAACGCCUCCCUCCCUCUCUCUCUCUCUCUCUCACACACACACACUCACACUCUCACACACACACACACACGGCUCAGGAGCAUGCAGAACCAAGCACGUGCUGUCACAGAGACGAUGGAGGACUCAGGAGGAAGGUGGCUGCUGCCUGCGCUCGGGAGGGAAGUGUGGGCCAGGGAGAUGCUAGCACUUGGUUUAUUAAUUGUUUUCUAAAUUAUGGUAAAAUACACAUAACACAAAAUUUACUAUCUGUAAAUUUUGUGUUAUGUGUCCAGUUCAGUAAGGUUAAGUACACUUAGACACUGUUGGGCAACCAAUCUCCAGAACUUUUUCGUCUUACAAACUAAAACUCUGUCCCCAUUAAACCACAACUCCCACCCACCCCCCCCCCUUCUACAUUCUGUCUCUAUGAAUUUGACUGCUCAGGGAGGGACCUCAUGUAAGUGGAGUCACACAGUAUCUUUUUUUUGUGGCUGGCUUCUUUCACUUAGCAUAAUGUCCUCAGGGUUCAUCCACGUUGUAGCAAGUGUCAAUUUCCUUCCUUUUUAACGCUGAGUAAUAUUCCCUGUGUGUAUAGACCACAUUUCGUUAUCCAUCCAUCGGUCGGUAGGUUGCUUCCACCUUCUAGCUAUUGUGAACGAUGCUGCUGUGAACACGGGUGUAAAAAUAUCUGUUUUAGUCCCUGCUUUUAAUUAUUUUGGAUACAUACCUAGAAGUGGGAUUGCUGGAUCAUGUGGUAGUUCUAUUUUUAAUUUUUUGAGGAACCUCCACACUUUCCCACAGUGGCUGUACUAAUGUACAUUCCCACCAACACUGCACAAGGGUUCCCUUUUCUCCAUAUCCUGGCCAACACUUUUGUUUUUUCCAUAGUAGCUAUCCUAGUGGUAUGAGGUGGCAUCUCAGGGUAGUUUUGACUUGUGCUUCCUAAAUGACAGCUUAAUUGUGAUAGAUUCACCCAUUUAAACUGCACAAGUCACUGGCUCGACACUUUUCACUGAGUUGUGCAACCAACACCACGAUCCAUUUUAGAACAUCUUCCUCACCUCAAAAAGUAACCCGUCACUCCCCAUUCUCCCCUGACCUCCGUCCAUGGCGAUCACCAACCUACUUCCUGACUGCGGAUCUGCCUCUUCUGGGCGUUCUGCAGGAACGCAUCACGUGGCACGUGGGCUUUGGAGCUGAUUCCUUCAUUUAGCCUCGUGUUCCCAAGGUCGUACAUAUGGUAGCAAGUUUAUAACUUUUCAUAUGGUAAAGACAUACUUUUGAUGGAUUUAACAUAUAAUUUUUAAAAUUCCAAGACAAAGUAUCUGGUGGGAAGCAUCAAAGAUGCUCUGCAUAAAAAAAGGCCAAUAAUGGUUUCUCUGGAUGGUGGCCCAACAGGUAACUUUUAAAUUUUAGUUUUCUGUAUUUUUCAAAAGGAAAAAAAAAACAUGUUUCUUUUGUAAUGGGAAAAUUAAUUAUAAUUUUUUCAUAAAAAGAAAAAUCCUGUCCAAUAGCUCUGUAUCCCUUGGGGUGGAAGAGACCAGAC